AUGCGGAGCCUGGUGUGCUUGUUAGCCCUGGCUAGGUUUACUACACAGUCGCUAGGGCAGCAGCAGCAGCCGCUAUAUGCGACUGCCAAGCCCAAUGUCGUCUUCAUAUUAACCGAUGAUCAAGACGCGCAUCUCGGCUCCUUGGAUUACAUGCCUUAUGUUAAAAAACAUCUCCUAGACAAAGGAACACACUAUCGCAGCCAUUACUGUACAACCAGCGUCUGUUGCCCUUCGCGGGUGACCCUUUGGACGGGGAAACUGGCCCACAAUACAAACGUUACGGAUGUCAAUCCUCCGCAUGGUGGUUAUCCAAAGUUUAUUUCUCAAGGUCUCAAUGACAACUAUCUGCCUGUCUGGCUACAGGAAGCCGGGUACACUACCUACUACACUGGUAAACUGUUCAACGUCCACACGGUCGACAAUUAUAACGCCCCCUUCCCAGCUGGGUUUACCGGAAACGACUUCCUUCUCGAUCCAUUUACAUACGACUACCUCAACAGUACCUUCCAGCGAGACCGAGAACCACCCCAAAGCUACGAAGGCGAAUACAGCACCGACGUCCUCGCACAAAAAGCAUAUCGCCUACUUGACGAAGCAGUCGCGGCUCAAAAGCCCUUCUUUCUCACAGUCGCUCCCAUUGCACCGCACUGCAAUGUUUUCAUGAAUGGUACCGGCUUAGACGCCAACCCUAAAUUCAGCUUCAGCGCACCUAUUCCCGCGAAGCGACACGAGCACCUAUUCUCCGAUAUCAAAGUCCCCCGUACCCCCUCCUUCAACCCGGAAACUCCCUCUGGCGCCAACUGGAUAAAGACCCUCAAGCGACAAAACGAUACUAAUGUUGAAUACAACGAUCAUUUUUACCGCCAGCGUCUACGCGCCCUCCAGGCCGUUGAUGAACUAGUUGAUGGCUUAUUUACACGCUUGAAGGAAUAUGAUAUUCUCGACAACACAUAUGUAGUCUAUAGUAGCGAUAAUGGCUACCAUGUUGGUCAACACCGACUCCAGCCGGGCAAGUCGUGUGGAUAUGAGGAAGACAUAAAUGUUCCCUUGAUCGUCCGUGGUCCCAAUAUUGCCCAGAAUGUAUCUACGGAUAUUGUUACAACGCAUACGGACCUUGCUCCCACAUUCCUCGAUUUGUUAGGCAUCCCUCUCCGGGAGGAUUUCGAUGGCGACCCCAUCCCUUUGACAGAGAGCCAGAUCGAGGAGGCCCAUUAUGAGAGACAAGAGCAUGUCACAGUUGAAUAUUGGGGAUAUGCAGCGGGAGAGGGUAUAUAUGACUUUGACCUAUCUGCAUACAACAAUACAUACAAAGCUCUCCGCAUCAAAAGGAUUGGAUACAAUCUCUACUACUCUGUUUGGUGUAACAACGAGCAUGAACUUUACGAUAUGACUAGUGACCCUCAUCAACUCCACAACCUCCUUUCUACAAAUGGGCUUCCAAAUGUGACCUCUCACAUCAUCCUGAACUUUGAUCUUUCCAAAGUCGUUCAGCGACUUGACUCCCUUCUACUGGUGCUCAAGUCCUGCAAGGGCCAGGUAUGUGUCAAGCCAUGGGAUGCCUUACAUCCGCGCGGGGAGGUCACGACGUUAAGAGACGCACUGGAUGUGCGCUACGAUUAUUACUACGAGAUGGAACAGACAACGCGGGUCCAGUUCAACGAGUGUGCGCGCGGGUAUUUUCUGGAUGCGGAGGGCCCACAAUUUAGUCAAGGGACUGAGUAUGAGGUUCUUCGGGAUGGAUUGCCAUGGUAUGAGUGGGUUUAG